GGCGGGGUCUCCGCUGCUGGAGAGGCGCCGCGUCGCAGCUCCUCCUGCGUCGCCCUGAGUUAAGAAAAAGGGGAGACCGAGGCUGGGGCAACCGAUGGGAUCAGGAAGGGGGGGGGGCGGUCAAACGAAGGCUGGGCAUUUCAUAAUGAGAAACUGGAUACGAAGAUGGAGAAACCAAAGACCAAGACAGGCUAAAGUAGAAGACUGGAGCGGAGCGGUCACCUUGUCUGGGAGGUACAGACACUAACACUUUAGUAUGUUUUAAAUAUAUUAUUCUUUCCUUUUGGUGUAUAAGUGUGUGGACACAUACAUGCCGUGGUGGAAGGUCAGAGGACAACUUUUGGGAGUUGAUUUUAUCUUUCCACCAUGUUCUAGGAAUCAAACACAAGUUGCAAAGCUUGUAUGACAAGUGUCUCUACCCCAUGCACCAUCUCACUGUUGUUUUAAAGCCAGUAUCCUUCUUUUCCUUCAAAUCCAAUGGUCCAGGUCUCAGUUUCCUCCCUCAGAUCCAAAGCCCACACCCCAGACUUCCACUCUUAAACACAAGAGUCCAAAUCCUACCCUUCUCCCUCAGACUCAGGAAUCUAUACUUCACCCUCCUCCCUCAGACCCAGGGGUCCAGGUCCCAGCCUUCUUCCCUCCUUCACAAGGCCUACACAGAAAGUGCUACCAUUAACUAUUAUUUAGAGGAGAAAAACCAUGGUUCAUUCUACAGGGUCUCGAUGUCUGGAAAUGGAAAUGCUUGGUACCAAACUAUCUAUCUAUCUACUUUAUUUAUUUUCUUCCUCCCAGAUAGUAUUCUUCUGCAUGGAUCUGGCUUCCUAGAACUCCCUCUGUAGAACAGGCUGGCCACAAACUUAUGGGUUUGCCUGCUCCUGUCUCCGUAAUGCUGGGAUUAAACGCGAGCACCACUACCACCCAGCUACUAUUUUUUUUAUUUCUUCCUUCUUUCCUUCCUUCUUUCCUUCCUUCCUUCCUUCCUUCCUUCCUUCCUUCCUUCCUUCCUCCCUCCCUCCCUCCCUCCCUCCCUCCCUCCCCCCCUCUUUCUCUCUCUCUCUCUCUCUCUCUCUCUUUUUCUUCCCGAACUUCAGGACGCCCUUGGAUUGGUUGAGUGUGAUGACAUUUGAUCUGGUAGCUGACACGCCUGUCAACCUCGGCCGCAUUCCAUCUCCAGAAACUACGUUUCCCAGCAUUAAGUGCGCCAUGGGCCUACUUCCUAAAGCCCCGCCUCCACAUCUGGUCACUCCCCAUAGCCGGGUUCUGGUGGCUGUGUGAUUCCACGUUCACGCUACUCGAGCGCACGUGGGUUCCUGGGCAGCGCGUUCGUCCGCGGAGUGGCCUGGAGUGCAGACCCACGGACACCCUUUUCCCCAGCCUGGGAUGAGCCGCUUUCUGCUGCCGGUGUCCGUAGUGGGCACGGUGAUCGGCGGCACCGUGCUGCUCAACCUGUUUGCCUCCCCUUCCUUCCUUUCUUCCCUUUCCUCUCCUCCCCCGUCCUUCUUUCCUUCCUUGCGUUUUUCAGACUGGGUCUCACCAUGAAGCCUUGGCUGGCCUGGAACUCGUUAUAUUGACCAGGCUGAUUUUGAAUUCACGAGAGAUCUGCCUCUGCCUCCUGAGUGCUGGGACCAAGGACAUGCGUGUCUGUCACCGCUAACAGCUUACAUGAGGGACUAUGUCGCUGGUGGGGCUUGUCCCAGCAAGGCCACCAUACCUGGGAAGACUGUUAUCGUGACAGGAGCCAACACAGGCAUCGGGAAACAAACUGCUUUGGAGCUGGCUAAAAGAGGAGGCAACGUCAUUCUGGCCUGUCGUGACAUGGAGAAGUGCGAGGUGGCUGCAAAGGACAUUCGAGGAGAGACCUUGAAUCCCCGCGUACGUGCUGAACGCCUAGACUUGGCUUCCCUCAAGUCCAUCCGAGAGUUUGCAAGGAAGGUCAUUAAAGAGGAGGAGCGAGUAGACAUUCUGGUCAACAACGCAGCCGUGAUGCGGUGCCCACACUGGACCACUGAGGAUGGCUUUGAGAUGCAGUUUGGUGUCAACUACUUGGGGCAUUUUCUAUUGACAAAUUUGCUGUUGGACAAGCUGAAGGCCUCGGCCCCAUCACGCAUCAUCAAUCUCUCGUCCCUGGCUCACGUUGCUGGGCACAUAGACUUCGAGGACUUGAACUGGCAGAUGAAAAAGUAUGACACCAAGGCAGCCUACUGCCAGAGCAAGUUGGCUGUUGUCCUCUUCACCAAGGAGCUGAGCCACCGGCUGCAAGGCUCUGGUGUGACGGUCAAUGCACUGCACCCUGGUGUGGCCAGGACAGAGCUGGGGCGACAUACGGGCAUGCACAACUCUGCCUUCUCUGGCUUCAUGCUUGGGCCCUUCUUCUGGCUGCUGUUCAAGAGUCCCCAGCUGGCGGCCCAGCCCAGCACAUAUCUGGCCGUGGCAGAAGAACUGGAGAAUGUUUCGGGGAAGUACUUUGAUGGACUCAGAGAGAAGGCUCCAUCUCCUGAGGCUGAAGAUGAGGAAGUAGCCCGCAGACUUUGGACGGAAAGUGCCCGUUUGGUGGGCUUGGCCAUGGCUCAUGGAUCCCCUGGGAGAGGACAUGCCAUUCCCAGAUAACCUUCAGAGACCCAGAUGGAGCUGUGUUACCAAGACUGCUGCUGGCCAUGCUCUCAUCAUCCUCUAGGGGCAGUAUUGGUACUAUUAGAAUCUCAAGACUGUGGAUGUUGGCUGCCAUGUCCUCAUCAUCCUUUAGGGACAGUGUUGCACUGUUAGAACUCAAGUCUGUGGAUGCUGGCUGCUAUGCCCUCAUCAUCCUCUAGGUGGCAAUGUUAGUUCUAGCAUUUAUCGUUAGCUGGCUACAUUGAGUUGGACCACAGGUAGGCACUGGCUCAGGGGAUGGCAGGUCCAUGUACUCUGUUGGUUACUGGGGAGAUGGUCCAUCAGGUGCCUCCUUUAGGAAUCUAAAAGGGGAGGCUGAUAGGGGAGACAGUCACUCUGGUUAUGGGCAGUGUCCAAAGACAGUGGACACCAAAGCUGCUGUGGUGGACUGAUUGGUCUACUGUUAAAGAGCAGGCAUAGCUAUAGAUUUUUGUGGGCCCUUAUAUACUCCUGCCUCCUCUCUGACUUGGCUGUUGUUCUAGUUUGCUUUCUGUUGCUGUGAUAAACACCAUGACCAAAAUCAACCUGGGGAGAAAAAGGGCUUAUUUAACUCACAGGUUAUAGUUUAUCAUGGAAGAGGCAAGCCAGGGCAGGAACUCAGGACAGUAACUUGAAGCAGAUACCAAUGGAGGUGUGCUCACAGGCAUAUGUCAGGUACCUUGCUUUUAUUUUUAUUAUUAUUAUUAUUAUCUUUUUUUUUUUUUUUUUUUUUUUUACAGAGAGGGUCUCACUUUGUAACCCUGGCCUUCCUGGAACUUGCUAUGUAGACUAGGCUGGCCUUGAACUCACAGAGAUCUGCCAUGCCUGGAAUUAAAGGCAUGUAUUACUAUGCCUGUCCCAGGUACCUGUGCAGGCCUACCUGUCCAAGGAUGGCACCAUCCACAGUGGGCGUCUACCUCCUACAUCAGCUAGCAAUCAAGAAAAUGCUCCACAGACAAUCCCUCAGGACAGUCUGGUCUAAGCAGCUCUUCACAUGAGGGUCUCUCUCUGUCUUUUACGAAUGUCAGGUUGACAACCAAAUGAACCAGACAGCUCUUGAUUGCAAACUGCAAAGGGUCACUGCUCCCUUAAGGAUGGUGUGGGUCUGAAGCUCUCGCCAGACUCAGAAAGGGCAGCCGUGGACACCUUGUGUGCUGGACAGUGGCUGUGAUCCAGUGGAAACCCUGGCAGACCCUGUCUUGGUUAGCCCCGAAGUGCUCAGGACAGAGUGGGAUGAAAAGCUGCUAGCUGCUGCCACAGAAAACCAGCGUGACCUAGGAUCAGGAUCUCUCCAAUUCCUGUGUAAUUUUAACUGUAGACUCUUAAGCUUGUUGUUUGAUUACAGUAACAUGUUAGGGGUAGUGGCACAUAUCGGUAACUCCAGCACUUAAGAGGGAGAGGCAGGAGGAUCAAGAGUUCAAGGCCAUCCUCUGCCAGCUUGGGCUAUACAAGAUCCUGUUAAAGCAAAGCAAAACAGUGAAAUCUCUAAACAGCUGAUUCAUAGAUUUAAAAUAAAAAUGUUUAUUUAGAGUGUGAGUGUAUAUGUACAUGUAUGUGCACAUGCCCUUGUAUGUGCAUUCAUGAUGGAGGUCAGAGGACAACCUGUGGGAAUCUGGUCCCUCCUUGUGAGUUCCUGAGGAUCCAACUCAGUUAGGCUUGGUAGCGAGGGCCUUCACCUCUGACCCAUAGUGGCAGCUCUGAGUCAUAGGUUUUAGUUUAUCCUUCUAUAUGGACUAUGUGGUUCAGGCUAAACUUGAACUCCCAGUCUCCUUGUCUUGAGCCUCUGGGGUCCAGAGAUUACAGGUCGGCCACACCCUGUGUUUACAAUCAAUGUUAACAUUCAAAUAAAUGGAAAUAAGCAUUUCUGUCA